UAAGCUGUUGUUAUUUUUGUGCGCAGAAAAAUUGUCACAGUUUUAUACUAUACAUACAUAUACAUAUUAACAUGAUUUUGAUUAAUCAAAACAUGAUUUUGUAUAAAGGAAUAAAAUUUAUAAUUAAACUGUACAGAAAAUUGGAAUUGUUUUUCCUCACACUAUUUCCAAAUUUAGUAGAAAAAUACGUACAGUACCAUUUCGGAAGGAGUGGAGUGGAAUUCAAUGGAAUCCGGAGAUGGGACAUCCAGGUCAAGGACAAAUCGCUCUACCCUCGUAUCGUAAAUCAUGGUCCCCUUGGUCUCGGCGAAGGCUACAUGGACGGACAAUGGGAAUGUGAGGACAUUUCCGCCAUGGCAUUCAACCUCUUUCACGGCGAUGCUUUAGCUGUUGUAAAUUGGUUUCAUCCCUGGAACAGAUUUCUCAAUUAUAUGUCUUGCUCCUACUUUAAUCUCCAGAGUCAAUCGAGGAGUUGGGAAGUUGGUGAAAAGCACUACGAUCUGGGCGACGAUUUAUUCGAAUCUUUCAUGGACUCAUCGAUGAACUACACGUGCGGCUACUGGAAAAAUGCCAGCACCUUGGCUGAAGCCCAAUACAACAAGAUGGAACUCGUCGCCUCCAAGCUUAAUCUGAAACCAGGAAUGCGAAUUCUUGACAUGGGUUGUGGUUGGGGUGGGUUGUGUCACCACCUCGCAAAAAAUUACCACGUGUCCGUCGUAGGAAUCACAAUAUCGCGCGAUCAGGUCGUCGCCGCGAGGAAACGGUGCGCCAACUUACCCGUAGAAAUUCGACUGAUUGAUUACCGGGAUUUAUUAACGAACAAUAAAGACGAACAGUUUGACCGCAUCGUUUCAAUCGGCAUGUUGGAGCACGUGGGGAAAAACAACCACAAAACGUUUUUUAACACGGUGCACAAGUGCUUAACUCGGGACGGAAUUUUCUUCUUGCAUUCAAUCGGAAUUGACAACUAUCACACGCCGUGCUCCGAACCUUGGUUGACGACGUACAUCUUCCCCAAUGGAUAUGUCCCUUAUCAUAAAGAGAUUAUUGAAGGGAUUGAAAAUCUGUUUGUGUUAGAAGAUUGGCAAAAUUUUGGGAAUGACUACACUAAAACUUUGGAGGCUUGGUGGACCAAUUUUGAGCUAAAUUGGCCCAAAAUUAAGGACAAGUAUGGUGAAAGGUUUUUCAGAAUGUGGAAAUAUUUUUUCCAGUUUCAUACUGGAGCGUUUAAAUCGAGAAAAGGUCAUGUUUGGCAGAUCGUUUUGAGCAAAGAGGGCAUUUUAGGGGGGUAUUAUGCUGGAAGGUGAAUAUUGUAGAAUAUGUAUAUAGUAAAGGUGGUUCAGUAUUUCAGUAAUUUUUUUAACUAGCAGAUUGUAAAUAAAUACACAUACAUAUUUACAUAAUUAGUAUUAAUAUGUAUAUCUUACAUAUGUCUCUGACUUUAAAUUAAGGUCGUAAAUAUACGUGAUGCUGGUUAAAAAAUCUAAAUAAAUUGCCUGUAGUUAACUUAGAACACUUCUAUCAAAAACCUUGUAAAUUUAUAGAUACUAAAUAAAGUAUGUAGGACAAUAAAUUUAAAAUUUACGAUA